CCGACGAUCAGCAGCUUGAUGGAGCUUUUUUAACUUCAGAACAGCGUCUCAAUCUGCGGAAUAUCUGCUGUGGUGUACAGGCAGGGACGAGGAAGAGGUUCAGCUGCGGACCUGAAGGAAAGCAGCCACCAGGACAAGGAAGUACCCAGCGUGCAUCAGUGAGCUGCUGUCCACCAUGGCGACCAUAGUGACAGAGAGGAUCAGCCGAGUGUUCAUCAGCCUGCAGCAGAUCAGGCAGGUUCCUCAGAUGCUGACUGAGGCGGCUCCCUCCAUGCCCGGCACCGUCAGAGACACCGAGGUUCCUUACUACUUCAGGGAGCGCUACGUCUGCACCGGCUACCGACCCCUCAACCAGAACUGGCGCUACUACCUCCUGUCCAUGUUCCAGCGCCACAACGAGACCCUCAACAUCUGGACUCACCUGCUGGCGUUCCUGGUGUUUCUGGUUAAGCUGCGUCAGCUGGCUGAGACCGUGGACUUUGUUGAGGACCAGCAUUCGUGGCCCCUGUUGAUCCUCAUCCUGUCAUCGCUGAUCUACUCGGCAUUCAGCGUCGCAGCUCACCUACUGGGUGGCAAAUCUGAGCUGUGCCACCAUUGCUUCUUCUUCCUGGACUAUGUCGGGGUGGCACAGUAUCAGUACGGCAGCGCUGUGGUUCACUUCUACUACGCUGUGGAUGACGGUCUGCACAGAAACCUGCAGGGGAUCUUCAUGCCUGCUGCCACUGUGCUCAGCUGUCUCUCAUGCCUUGGAUGCUGCUAUGGGAAAUACUGCAACCACAGCCUGCCGUCGUGGGUGCGCAAGGUGUGCCAGGUGGUGCCCUCAGCGCUCGCCUACAUCUGGGACAGCAGUCCUGUGGCCAUCAGACUCUUCAGCUGGUCCAGCAGUGACCCAGCCAUCGUCUACCACUUUAGCCAAGUGGCUUUCUUCCUCAGCUGUGCCUUCUUCUUUACCGUCCCCCUGCUGGAGGGCUGCUUCCCUGGACGCUGCGACUUUGUGGGACAGAGUCAUCAGAUGUUCCACGUUUUUCUGUCCUGCUGCACCCUGUGUCAGAUCCAGGCCUCUCAUCUAGACUAUGUGAGCCGCAGGGAGCUGUACUCCCACCUGCAUGAGGCCGGCGAUGCUGCUCUGUUUGUGGGACUGUAUGUGGUCACCUUGGUAGCAUGUGCACUAAUUGUUGUUUUCAUGCUGAGGAAAGUUAAAAAAGUACUUGUGUUUAAAACCAAGUCCAAAUAACUGAUUCAAAUUCAUAGCAUCUAUGUGCCUGUCAUUCCAGACACUGCUUUGAUAGAAAGGGAACUAAUUAUUUUUGCUGCAGAUAAAACAGUUAGUGGCUGGUAAUGUUUUAUAUUUUUAUGUAUUGCAAUUUUUGUACUAAUACGCAGGGUUUUACGUAUUAGCAAAGGCUUAAACAUAUUCCAGAACAGAUUCUUGCAUUUUUGAAGGGUUCAUUCCAUGUCAGUUCACCAAACCAGUUCAUGUUGUGGGUUUUCUUGUCACUGUUGCAAGAAUAAGGAAUGCUUGUUUACUGAAAGUUGUUAAACAAUGGAACUAUGUACACUACUGUUCAAAAGUUUGAGACCACUAGAAAUGGCCUUAUUUUUGAAAGAAAAACAAUGAAGAUAACAUGAAAUGAAUCAGAAAUACAGUCUUGACAUUGUUAACGUGGUAAAUGACUAUUCUAGCUGGAAACAGCAGAUUUUUAAUGAAAUAUCUACAUAGGGGUACAGAGGAACAUUUCCAGCAACCAUCACUCCUGUGUUCUAAUGGUACAUUGUGUUAGCUAAUGCUGUUGAAAGGCUAAUUGAUGAUUAGAAAACCCUUGUGCAAUUAUGUUAGCACAUGAAUAAAAUUGUGAGUUUUCAUGGAAAACGUGAAAUUGCUUGGGUGACCCCAAACUUUUGAAUGGUAGUGUAUGUAAAAUCUAGCAUUUUUGAAAAUAUAUAGCCUCUUGGGCCUCAGUAAUGUACCUAAAGCUCAGCUCUUGCCUUUUUGACAACACUAACAAAAACUGAAAAAGUAGAAGCUUCAUGAAAGCAGAGUUUAUGUCCGAGCUAUUGGAUUGGAUAAGAUUUCACAGAAAUGAGAGCUAGAAAACCUUGUAGUCAACACAAUACAAAUACCUACCAAUGAUAUAAAACCACUGUGUGUACUGUUACUGCCAGCGAAAAGCAUAAAAAAUGAGCUAAUUAAAAAAGAAAUUAGUAUAUUGAUUAUAAGUAUAAUAAUUAUAUUUUGCCAUUUUCACGUUUUAUUAUUUAAAGAGAGUGGAGAUAAACUGGUAAUGUGAGGAAACGGAGCAGGGCGCUGGCAUGUGGUGAAGGUCCAGGCUAAGUGUUUGACUGCAUUUGUGCUCACGUUGUAACCACUUGACUAGAGGGUCAACCGGGCUUGUAAUUUGUUUUAAUGCAUAUUUUUGGAAAUACGCUACUGUUUAAAAGUUUGGGGUCGCUUAGAAAUGGCAUCAUUUUUGAAAGAAAAGCAUUUUAUUUCAAUGACCCAUUUCCAGCAACCAUCACUCCUGUGUUCUAAUGGUACAUUGUGUUAGCUAAUUGUGUUGAAAAGCUAAUUGAUGAUUAGAAAACCCUUGUGCAAUUAUGUUAGCACAUGAAUAAAAAUGUGAAUUUUCAUGGAAAACACACAAUUGCCUGGGUGACUCCAAACUUUUGAACAGUAGUUAGUGUAUAUAAAGACAAAUUAUCUGAAAAGUGUGUUUUCAGCUCUGAAAUUAUGUUUAUCAAGACGUGGUGCAGCUAGUUUUCUAUGGAGAGCCAAAUUUAAAACUACACUAAAUCAGUAUUUGGUUGCAAGAAUAUGAAAACUAGUGGAGAUAAAAUUUUGAAAUUCUUCAGAUUCUUCGGUAUUGAAUGUUAUUGACUUAAAUGAUCUUAAACAUUCAACAACAAUUCUUAAGUUUUAAUUUGUCCUUCUGGUUUUGGGAAUGUUCAGCACAAAUUACAAAAAUGAACUGAGAUGAUGAGGCUGAGAAAAAAUCGGAAAUAUACUGAAUGUUGGCUUGAAGGCACAAACUGGAAGUUUUCACAUUAAUUUUUGUUUCAAGAAAAUCUCUGGCAUGAACUGGGAGGAUGAGGUUAAAGCCUAUCAUAGCUGAGAUUUCACUGCCUACUGUGUUUGACCAUUUGUGAGUGUUACUGAUAAAACUGAUGGCGUGCAGUUGAGUUUGUUCAGUCAUCAGAUUGUUGGAAUGUUUUGUGAUAAUAUGUGGAACUACAACUAAAAUGUGCAAAUAUUUAUUUUUGAUAUUUUGAAAGUGUGGUACUUGAGAUUUUGUUAUUCACACUGUGCCUGUAUUUUACUUAAUGAUGAUUUUUGUCUUCUUAAUCCAAGUUCAGGAACAAUAAGAACACGUGUUUUAAAAAAUCUGCCAUUUUACAGUGAACUUAAUGUUAGUGUUUUGUGCCUUUAUCAGUGUGCCUUGAGAGCCUGUUGUUUUCACGUUUUAUGUCAAACCUUGGCUUGAAAAUGAGAUCUUGAGAGAGAUUCUCAGAGAUAACGACUUGUAUUACAAUCACAACAUCUUUGAUGACACACGAAAACAUGUUUAUUUAUGUUGUUGUUCUAGCACCGACAUAAGUUAAUGUACUGCCUUUAGAGUGUACUCUAUUGAAGCUGGAUGUUGUAUGAGGGAUUUAAUGUAUCGUGAAAGUCUUAACUUUUUGAAUGUCUUAUUGUAAACAUGGUUUAUAUGUGUACUGAUAAUCAGUGUUGUGUCCUACUGUAAAACUUGUUUGUGCCUUUUGGAAUUAUUAAAAAGUUAGCGUGGAUGUUACAUGAGCGAACUAAGUAAAGCUGAAUGCAAUGUCA